CUGGGCAAGAUGGCGGCGCCCACGGCGGCGGGGCCGUGAGGAGACGGGGGCGAUGCUGGCGCUGGGCCGCGGCCUGGCGGGGGCGGCCUCCGCCGUCCUGGGGGGCGGCUAUCGAGGGGCAGGGGCCGUUUGCAGUGCCUUUAUUCAGCCAGUAAGAUGUUACGCCAGACCUGCGAGAAGAAAGAUAAGAGACAUCCCCAGCCAUUUGGAUGAUCUUCCUCCAACAAUGAUGAAGAAAGAGUAUUCCAACGUCCCGAUAAUAAAUAGCGUUGAUGACGUAGUGAAAAGAUUAUUGUCACUGGAAAUGGCAAGCCAGAAGGAGAAAAUGAAGAUAAAGACACAGCAGCUGGUGGAGAAGGUCAGAAGGUCUCCCGAUGACAAUGGCUCCUUUGAGGUGCAAACUGCUAUAUUGACUGCCAAGAUACGCACUUACGAGGAGCAUCUUCAGAGGCAUCCCAAGGAUAAAAGUAACCGUCGUCUCAUGCUGAUGGCUGUGGAUCGCCGGAAGAAACUACUUGCAUAUCUUCGCCGUGUCCGCUACGAUGCCUUUGAAAACACCUGCAAGCAGCUGAAUAUCCAGUAUGCACUACCUGCUGCCUACUCCCGACGGGUCACCAAGCGCUGGGUUGUUAAGAAGGCAUUUUGUAUCAAGGUUUUCCAGGAGGUGCGGAAGCUGAAAGCACCAGAAAGGCUAAAGAAGAGGAGAGAGUGGCAAGCAAAAGCCAGAGCUGCAAAAGAGAAGCAGGCGCAGAGCAAAGGGACUGCUGUGUAGCUGCACACUGGGUUUGUGAUACAGCCAGUCUCUCCAAAAAUAAACACCUUGCAAAAGGCAUGUCGACUUUG